UUACGUUGCUAGGGACGGCGGUGUAAGCUUCUGUCUGCGGACCGGUAGUUUUGAAGGCGAUUAGAGAAUUGGGGGUGCCUUUAUAUGCCAGGGCGUCGUAGGUUCCUCAGAACAAGGAAAGUUCUCACUUAAUUAACAAGUAUUGCGAAGACCAUCAGUCAAACAACCUGAGUAACUUUGGAAUACACAAAAUUUGGUUCCUACUUAGGUAGUCACAAUGGUGUACAACUACACAAAACCACGUGGACCGAUUGCUGCCAUGUACAGCAGCCCUGGCCCAUGCUAUGGUCUACCAAAUCUGAUUGGCCAGUCAACCCAUGAUCCUCGCAGUUCCCAUUCCAAAUACCCAGCAUAUUCUUUUGGCAUCCGUCAUGGAAAAUUCAGGGAUGACUGCAGCCCUGGCCCAUGCUACUAUCCUGACACCAAGGUAUAUCGAGAUGGACAGGAUGGUACCCCCCAUUACUCCUUAUACAGUCGCCAGAAGGACAGCACAUCUUUUAUGACCCCAGGGCCAGGUGCUUACAGUCCUCAGCACACUGGCCCCACUGCCAAGUUCCGCCACCCAGCCUACAGUUUUGGUAUGAGACAGAGACACAGGAGAACGGACAACACUCCAGCGGCCAACAGCUACACAUUGCCCAACAUGAUCGGCAAGACAGUCCAGAGCGGGAAGAGACAGGCAGCUUGUCACAGUCUCUCUGGGAGACAGACCACGGGAGGCUUUGCUGAGGAUCUGGCUAGGGCCCCCGGACCUGGUACAUACACCACCACUGACCCCAGCACGUUCAAGAACAAGGCCCCUCUGUACAGCAUGACCAGCAGGAACAUCAUGCCAGGGGACACCACCAAGAAGCCAGGACCAGGAGCUCACUCACCAGAGAAUGUGUGGAUCCACAAGACGAAGGAACCCGACUUCUCCUUUGGAAUCCGCCACAGCCAGUACCUUGCCCCACUCAUUGUUGAUGUUCAAGAAUAGGUAUCCAUGGCAACUGACACAAACAAAUCAAAACACAUUGUUCAAUGCACAGAACAAAAAAACAUUUCAUGAUCAAAACCUUCCUCAGUCACAUUGUGUAUUUUGUACAAAGCAGCUUUUUACCACUGUUAUGUAUUAUAGAGUUUAAUUUGUCACAUUGUGUACAUGUACAAUAACCUUUGCCAAAGACGAGAGCAUUGCUCAAGUUUUAAAAUCAGUUCUUUGUGUUACAGUAGGAGCGCUGAUAUAAACAUGAAUUCAUAUAAUGGCCCGUAGCUGCUACCAAUUUGUUUCGCAAAUGUUUUUGUGGUAGGAGACCAAUCAAAGGGAACAAAAUAGAUUUCAUCUGGAUUUCAGAUUACCAUAUUUGUUUAUAUGGUUAUUUACAGUAUUACAAUUUGAAUGUUUUAUGUUUUUUUUGUACAUUCUCUAUUUAAUGCCCUAUAAGCAUGUAUAUUUAUAACUUUGAGUUUCUUUGAAUUAUAUAUUUGUGAGGCAUACAUCAUGUUGUUGGUCUAUUGACUUUUGAAAUGUUUCAUUUUCAAAUCUUGAACAUGCACAGAAAUCAAAAGUAUUUGUGCUAAUUUGUCAGAUUUUAUCAGUAUUGAUGCAUCUAUAUGUUUAUACAUAAUUUGUCAGGGGUGUGUUUUGUGCUAACUCUGUAAUAAACAUGUAUGUAUGAAUAAGCUUUGUGAGGUUAAUAAACCUGUGUGAUGAAAAGA